UAUUGUUAGCACUUUUAGCUGUCCAAUUUUGAAAAAAAUUAUUCACCAUAGUAUUUUUAUAAUAAUCAUCAUUAUCUACAAGAAAAGUGGUGGAAAAUAUUUUAUUAACAUGAAACUCGAGGUCAAGGUGUCUGCCAAUAUAGAUUGAAAUAUCAUUUGUACUUCAAAUAGUAUAUAAUACGUUGCUAUCGAUAAAAGUGCCAAAUAGUUCGUCAAGUCUAUUCGAUCAUUAUCAUAUAAUAUUUGGAUUAUAAAAAUUCCAUGUUCUUGUAAAAAUUGAGUUUUUUUAUAAUAAUAAUAAUAAUAAGUACAAUGGCUUUAAUCGGUGAUGUGACAACCCUUUUAUGUCUCAUGUUUAUAAUCCAGAUGAUUAAAUCAACCAAUCAAGCCCGAUCAACCCAAUUGAUUCAAUUGCCUGAUGGAUUCAUAACAUGUAAGAGAUCUGAUCCUUUAGUAAACAAAUGUAUACAAAAAGCACUACAAUCUGGAGUUCCACGUGUACUCAAAGGUUAUCCUAAUUUAGAUGUGGUACCAAUCGAUCCAUUAUACAUUACUGAAAUGGAUAUUGAACAAACAAAAGGUCCAUUCGUAUUUAAACUCAGUUUAAAGGACAUGAACAUAUUUAACUUUGGUUCAGUAAAAAUAUUAUCGAUUAAAUCAGACAUUGAUAAAUAUUUAUUCAACCUUAAUGUGGAAUUCUCCCAACCACUGAUUCUUGAUUCUAAUUAUAAAAUUAAUGGAAAAGCGAUUAUAUUACCAAUUAAUGGUGAAGGCAAAAGUAAUCUAACUUUAGAAGACGUUAAGGCAUCAAUAGACGUGAAGGGACGUCCAGUGGCAAAAAAUGGACAAAAUCACAUGGACUUAGAAAUAUUAGACAUAAAAUUUACCUCAAAUAGAUUAUACAUUAACUUCGAAAAUCUUUUUAAUGGUGAUAAAUACAUGGGAAAUAAUAUGAAUAAAUAUCUGAAUAAAAAUUGGAAAAUGAUUUUAAACCAAGUACAGCCAAGUUUUGAAGUAACGUUGGGGAACAAAUUGCAGUCAAUAGCUCAAGCAUUUUUUACUAAAGUCCCUUACAACACACUAUUUAAAUAAUAUUAAAUUAAAUAAAAAAUGUACAAAUUAAUUUUGAUAAGUGUAAUAAAAUUUAAUAAUAUUGAAUAAUAAAGCUGUAUUUAUUAAAAAUCAA